UCAAAACUGACACUCACAAAUACCAAAAUAUCUAACGAUUGAAAUGGAAUAUUCAAUUUAAAUACUGAUAGAUUCAAGAUAUCUUUAAGAUGAGUUGGACAAUGCCAGCAUGGAAGGAGGGCCUGCCCUACCGAGCUAUGCAAGAAGUGGAGAAGCUUGAAAAUCAACUGGAAAGACUUAAGAAAGAGCAACAAAGAAAACAGUGUCAAUUUGACAGCUUAGAACAGGCUCUCAACAAUCAGAAGAAGAAAUUUCAGGAAGAAAAGUCUGAGAUUACAUCUCUGCAGCGUGAAAACCAAGUUUUGAUCGAAUCAUGUGAAGAUCUUGAAAAGAAGAAUGCUAAACUUCAUCAUGAUGUGCAACACAAGGAAGGGUUCAUUAACAGCCUUCAGGGACAGUUGCAGCAGUUCAAACACGGUGGAGACUCGCCUACAUACAAUGAGAAACAGAGAGCAGAGAUUGAGGAACUACAAAAAAAGCUUGAAAUCCAAAAGAAGGAGUGUGAGAGAUUGGCUGCAAAACUGGUCGAAAAGGACCAGAAGCCUCUGGUUGACAUAAUGUCACAGCGGCCUGCUGCUGCACCAGCACAAUCACUUCUCGAUCUUGGUUGUGUCGCGGCACCUUCGAUGCCGAAACCACUGUUGGAUAUCGGUACGAGUUGUCAGCCUCUAAUCCCAAUGAGUACUGCGUCUGUCAACGCAAAGCCAAACCCGUCACAAGAAAGCGAUGGCUGGUUUCCAUUUGGUAAUCGGGAUGACCAACAACAAAAACGGGGGAGGAAGAAUUUCCAACAAGGUGCGGACGAUUGGGCAGUGCCAAUGAAAAAACCGACAACAUCUUCUCAGAUUCAACCAGAAGUGAGUGCACCGGCCCGAGGUCAACGACAUCCAAGUACCAGCAGUUUGGGACAUAGCGAACCUGCACAUACAGCUUCGAGUUCAGGUGAUGGUGGAGAGCAGGCUCGUGAGCUACAAAAGCUGGUUGAUAAACUGAAGAAGGAAAAUGACACUGUUAAAACUGCCAGUGUUAACCUUGAGCUGCGUAUCCAAACCCGUGACAAGGAGAUCCAAACCCUGAAUGGCAAGAUCAAGGAGGUCCAGUCUGAUUUGGACCGAACUGAACGCAUCUUGGCUGAUAAAGAUAAGCACAUCGGCCAACAGAAAGAUGAGAUAGGCAGAAUUAAGGCUCAGCUUGAUCAGGCAAACAUGAAGGCACAAGCAGAAAAGAAAGAACUUCAACGCAGUGUAGAUGACCUCAAAAGGGAGCAGAAUUCCUCCAUUAAAGAACUUGACGAAAAGAACAAGCGGCUGAAAAACCUUGAGAAUGAUGUGAGCAACACGAAGCUGCAGUGUGACCGGAGCCAGCAGAUGAUCGAAGACCUCAAGGGACAGAUGACCAAGAAAGAGAAAGAGAUGGAGAAAAUGAAAGUGGAUAACGAUAAGCAAGCUAAAGAAAUCAGCAAUAACCUCGAACAAGGGAAGAAAGAGUUGACCGAACUUCAGAAACAGAAAGGUGACUUGGAGCAGAAGGUAGAAAAGUUCGGCAAAGACGCAGAUGCAUUGAAUCAUAAGUUUGCCGAAGCUGAACGUGAACUCAAGGCUGCUAAACAUGAGUAUCAGUUGAAGGAUAUGGAAACAUCAGGGCUGAUGCAGGACAACUUCACGCUGUCGCAAAAGGUUGAACAGUUGCAGCAGUCUGUUACAACUUAUGAAAAGAACAGUUCUGAGUUUGAACACAAGUUGGCUGAGAAAGACCGAGAGUUAACCAAGUUACAGAUGGAGAUGGAGGAGAAAUGUCAGGAAGUUAAUAAGUGUGCGAAGCUCAAGAGUGAAUUGGAUACGAUUAUUGUCAACAAUGAACAAGCUCUGCAGGUGAAAAACGUUGAAUUGAUUGAUUUGAAGCAUAAGAUGGAGGAACGUGCAACAAACAUGAAGGAAGUCGAACAGAAGCUAUUUGCAAUGAAAAACUCAAUGGAUGAAGUUGAGGAUAGAUGUCGGGUGUUGAAGAUGAACCAUGAUACACUGUUGGAACACAAGGAGAAGUUGGAGUCCGAUCAGAAGCAGACGGCAGUUGACAUGGAACGUCUGAACCAGGAGUUUGCAAAGAAUAGUGAGAAGCUGAAAACAACUGAAGAGUUGUUGAGUGUGAAGACAAAGGAGAUGGAAAACUUGAAUGCCCAUGUGAAUGUUUUGGAAGAAAAGGCCUCCUCGCUGCAGAAGGUUAAUGAGGACUUGGUGUCAAGUUCUGAGAAGCAGACCAAAGAUUUACAGAAUCAGGUCCAAGCACAGGAGAAUGACUUAUUGAAGCGGUUGUCUGAGGUAGAGAGUUUUAAACUCCAGGUUGAUAACCUAACACAACAGUGGAAUGCACUGAAAGACUCUGAGGCCAAGUUGAAGGUUGAGAAGGGGGAUCUUGAGGGACAGCUGCAGGCCAUGACAGGUGAAAAAAGUACACUGACAUCACAAGUUGAGGAUCUGACAACCAAGUUAAAAACGCAGGCAGAAAGCUCAGAGUGUUUGGUUGGUGAGUUACGAUCUCAAGUAAGCACUUUAGAAGAAGAGAAGGGGGCCCUUGAUGCAAGGUGUAAAGAGGUUGAUGUCCGGGUUGCUGAGAAAGACACCAAGUUGAGGGAAACUCAGGACAACUUUGAGAAGGAGUGUUUCAAACUGGAGCAUUUGCAGCAACAGUUUGAUACAUUGAAUAAGACUCAGAAAACUCUUCUGUCAGAAAAGCAAGGUUUAGAAGUUGAAAAGAAGAGAUUAGAAGGUCAGAAUGAACAGCAGGCUGACGAGAUGAAAGCACUUGCAGUGAAGCUUAACACUGUCCAAGGUCAAUCGGGUGUGAUGGUUGAAGAAUUGAAAACUCAAAUGAGUGAUCUGGUAAAAGAGCGCGACCAUUUGCAGAAGGAAAUCAAACAGAUGAGUUUCACAUUAGAAAACCAGAAAGAAGACCUAGAAGUCGCCGUUGAGAAGCUGAAUGAGGAAUAUUUGAAAGUUGAACAGAUUCUCCAGCAGUGUUCAACUCUGAAAGAAGAGUUAGCAGACGUUACAACCACGAAGACGACCUUGGAAGAAGAGAACAUGAAGGUGAAGGGUGAGUGUGCAAAACUGCUGGAAAGUGUAGAGGAUUUAACAAGGAAACUGGAAGUCCAAGCUGACAGUUCAGAUGGCCUUGUGAAGGACUUGCACUUGAAGAUUGAGGUGUCUGAAGCAGAGAAGGUGACUUUGAAUGAGCAGAUACAGCAGCUCUCUGGACAGUUACAGUGCAAGGUUGAUGCUGUUGAGAGCAUGGAGAAAGUGCUAGAUGAGAAGAACUGUAUGGUUGAUCACUUGGAACUACAGCUCAGGAGUCUCACUGACAGGGAAUCAUCUACAGAGGCAGAGAGAUCUGAGUUUGAGACUGAGAAGCAGAAGCUGAAGGGAGCAAAUGAAGAAUUGAAUAAUGCACUGAUGGUUGUCAAGGAACAGCUCUGCACUAUAGAAGAGGGAUCUGAUUGUUUGGUGCGGGAACUCCAUGCUAAACUUGAGGCUCUUGCGGGAGAAAAGUUGCACCUGGAAUCUGAGGUACAGGAGAUGUCAAGGAGGUUAAGCUUCCUAGAGGAAGAGUGUGAAGCUCUGAAAAAGUCUGCUAGUGAUGUACACACCUCGACCCAACAGUUAGAGCAACGAAUUGUGGCACUCGUUGAAAGUGAGACCAAUUUGACUGAUGAGGUAGCUGAUCUUAAGAUGGAGAGACAAAGAUUGCUGGGUGAUGCUGAGAGACAACAAGACGAGAUCUCCAAGUUGCAGUCUACAAUUGAUUGCCAUGACGACAAAGCUACAUGUUUAAUGGAGGAACUGAGAGGAAAGUUCGCCAUUUUAGAAAAGGAGAAGGAAAGUUUGAUUGGUGAAGUGAAGGAGAUUAACUUCAAGUUGGACAGCCAGGCAGAAGAUUUUGAAAUCACGAAUAGCUAUUUGGAGAAAGAGCAACUGAAGAAUGAACAGCUCGAACAACAGUGCACUGAACUGAAGACUGCUAAUGAAUGUCUGAGCAAAGAGAAGUGUGAAUUUGAGGCUGAGAAUGUCAAACUCAAAGGUGAUUGUGCACGUUUCCAGGACAUGGCCUCUGAAGUCUCCAGCAGGUUGCAAACACAAGCAGAAUCAUCGGAUAGUUUCGUGAAGGACUUGCAAGAUAAAUUGUCAUCCCUAGAAAGUGAACGUGAGGAUGCAUUGAACCAGGUUCUUGCCCUGACUUGUCGACUUGAGAUGCAGCUGAGGGAAAUAGAGAAUGCAAAAGAAUCAAUUGGUGAAAAAGAAACUGCGUUGGAACUGCUCCAACAACAGAUAAGUGGUGUAAAUGAGAGGGAAAAGACACUGAUGGAUGAGAAGUCUGAGCUUGAACAGGAGCGUCAGCAGCUUGCUGGUGAGUGUGAAACUCAAAAGGAUGAGAUUGCUGCGCUUAGAAGUGCGCUCGAGUCCCAUAACCAGAAGUCUGAAGAAUUGGUCAGUGAGCUGCGACAGUGUCUGAGUGACCUUGAGAAAGAGAAGCAAGGUUUAGUAUCCGAGGUUAAGGAGAUGAGUGACAAGCUUGAACAACAGGUGCAAGAGGUUGAGGCAUCUGCAAAGUUUGCGCAGGAGAUGCAGUUGAAGAUGGAGCAGCUCCAGUUGCAGAAAGGGUUGAAGAGGUUGAAGCUGAACUCAAAACUGAGGUGGAGAAAUCUGAGGCCAGACUGA